AUGGGAGAGCCGAGCAAGGAGCUCCUGGGCCUGCCCUCCGACCCCAGGCCUCCCUCCUCCUUCAUCGAGUCGCUUCUCGCUGGCAGGGAGCAGCAGCAGCAGCAGGACAAGGAGGGGAAGCGUAAGUCGGGGCCGCCCACUGAUCCCCUCCCCAAAAGCCAAGUUAUUGGGAAAGUCAAGGAUUUCUUGGGGGAGAUUGCAAGGGCCAACCAGAAGUUGCAGCUCGACGCACAAAACAAGCCUCCUGUGGAGUACGAUAUUGAAGCCCUUACCGGGAACGAGGAGGAGUACAUUGAGAUGGAUCUGCUUCUUGGUGUUGCUGAUCUUCAUUCAGAGCAAGCUGUGGAGGCUGCUGAAGCAACAAUAAACGGCUCCCAGCCUUCAGAAAUGCCAUUUGCUUGCAGCUCAUCUGACUCGGAAGAUGAUAGUGAUGACAGCGAUGGAGAUGGUGACAAACCUAUCGUGUCUGACAAAGAUAAUAAAUGUAAAGGUCCAGAUGACGCGGAGAUGGGUCCAGCCAAAGGAAAGAAGCCCAAUAAAAGACAGAAAAUUGUUGUUCUCAACUAG